CCUCCUAUAUUCUUCACGAGAGACUGAGAGAGAGAUAGAGAUAGGAAAUUGUGAUGAAUUGUGGAAUAGUGACGGGUUUCUAUUGCUGGGGUUGGGAGUUUCUAACGGCGCUUCUUCUCUUCUCCGGCGUCGUCUCCAUCUGAUUUAUAUUAUAUUUCAAUUCAAUUCUCUCUUUCCAAAAAUCCUUAGGUAGAUAGAUAUAUAUUAUAUAUAUAUAUAGAUGUGUGAGAGCGAGAGGGUGUUGGUGGAGUACGUGAGGAAGGCGUCGCCGCCGCCGUUCUUACUGAAGACGUACAUGAUGGUGGAGGAUCGGGCGAGCGAUGCGGUCAUAUCGUGGAACGACGAUGGCACGGCCUUCGUGGUGUGGCAGCCGGCGGAGUUCGCCAGAGACCUCCUGCCUACGCUCUUUAAGCACAGCAAUUUUUCCAGCUUUGUUCGACAACUCAAUACUUAUGGAUUCCACAAAGUCGCGACGAACCGAUGGGAGUUCAGCAACGAGAGGUUCCGAAAGGGCGAGAGGGACCAGCUCUGUGAGAUACGGCGUCGGAAGGCGCCAUCCAGUACGGGUAAGCACCAACCGAAUGCACAAGCAGCAACAAGUGAUCAUUCCGACAACGAUGAGCAACGGUCGCUGUCAACAUCGUCGUCCGAAAUCACGAGCCUUGUCGACGAGAACAUGCGGCUCAAGCGGGAAAACGACGCUCUCAGCUCGGAGCUCGCGAUGGUGAAGCGGAAAUGUCAGAAACUAGUUGAUAUGGUUGCUGUUUGUGGAGAGAGUCGUCUAAAGAGAGAGAAACGGCCGACGGAAGAUGGCGGCCGCGGUUUGAAACUGUUUGGAGUGAGAAUGGAAGUUGGGAGGGAGAGAGAGGAGAUGAAAAGGGUGCUUGUCUCUCAAUCUUGCAAAAUAAUAUAAUUUCUCAAUCAUUUGAUCAUUUUUCUCAAACUGUUUAUUGCCCUGAGAUCAUGAUCAAUGACUUUGUUUCCUUUUUUUCGUUAGUUGUUGAAGAUUAUGAUUUUAAAAUGUUCUACGUUGUAGUAUUAAUUAUAGAUUUUGAAAUUUGAAACUAUUGGGAUCA